GUACAAAUCAUUUUCAUGAUUAAAUUCAGUUGAUUCUGAAGAAUUAAUAUUAAUUUGAUAUUAAUACAAACUCGUGUGGAUACUUAAUUAACAUACAAAUUCAGAAAUAUGUGAAGAAUCAUUUAUCCUCGAGAAACGUAAAACUAAUUUCUUAUUUCUUGACCUAACAAUAGAUCUAAUUGACACUAAUUAAUUUGCAAUGUCUUGUUUAGGAUAUGAAAGCCGGUUCAUAUACUCGAAAAAAAAAAUUAAAAAAAAUUCAUUGUCAGAUGCAAGGAAAUGAUUAAUUGAAGGCUCUGUACGUUCGCUACGAGUCAUUUUUUUCUCACGUAAACUCGCGCAAUCGCAUUUGUAUUUGCUCGUACUCGUACAUAUAUACUUGUUGACGAAGCGGAGGUGGAAGCGGACGAGAAUAGACGGAACAAACACAGACGGUCGCGCGAGUGAAGGCGCCUGAGAGAGCGAGAGUCGAUCAUUCGCACGAGCGUGCGAUGCAUCGACACGUCCUACGUUCGAGAGGGGUGUAACUCGUGGCUCGUUGUUUCGUCGAGUGAAUUUUUUCGUGUGCUCCGGACAGCAUGUCAUCUUUGUCCGACAACAUCCGCGUCCUGGCCAGGCAAGAGGCGUUCAAGGACUUCUCCUAUUUCGACGAGGAAACCGUGCCCGUGAAUGUUAGCAAACCGAUUCCAUUGCAACCUUUAAAACCGACAUCUGCCAUAAUUCUCACCGGAUACAUUCCUGAAAACGCAUCGAGGUUUUCGGUGAAUUUAAUAUGCAAGACAUCUGGAAAUAUCGCUUUGCAUUUUAAUCCACGACUGGACAGAGGGUAUAUCGUCAGGAACACGAAACUGCGUGGAUCCUGGGAUGAUGAAGAAACUUGUUCUCCCGCUGGUUCAAGCGGAUGCAUUUUCCGCCGGAAUACCUAUAUGCACCUUAUGCUUUUCUGUGCGAAUGAUGCGUUUCAGAUCGCGGUGAAUGGAGAACACUUCUGUGCUUUUAGCUAUAGAUUGCCUCUCGCAGAUAUAACGGCUCUUGAAGUUAAUGGCACUAUCGAGGAUAUCAGAAUUCGUCAAGUUAAUUUAUUUGUAUAUCCAGAUCCUAAUAUUUGCCGACCAUCCCGAACAUUGAUUCUAACUACCAAAGAACCACUGGUGGAUUUUCUAGACAUUCCCAUCACUGUGGGUAUUGGCAGCGAAUUUCGCGUCGGCGCUAGUUUAUUCAUCGCUGGAAGAUUGAAGCUACUUCCGUACUCAUUUUACGUGAAUCUGCAGAGGGGCCAAACCAUUUAUCCUCAUCCCCUUAUACCGCUGCAUUUAAACCCACGUUUUUUAUACGGCACUAGCUCGCCGUACGUCGUCAUGAAUUGUUGGAACAAUGGCACGUGGGGUCACGAAGAGCGACAUCAAGGCCAUUUAUCCUGGAUGCCCGGCCGAGAUUUCUUGCUCACCAUCCGCUGCGAGUAUGAAGGAUACACAAUAUGGCUGGGUAAUAAGAUGAUCGGCGAAUUUAAGCACAGAUUGCAAUCAUCAAUUGCGGACACUUUGCGAAUAUCUGGCGAUGUCGUACUUUAUCAACUCAGUAUGAAUUACGCUUGAAUUGGAUCUGAUCGGACUACAAACAUGUAUACGUAAUACUGCAGUAAUUGAAGAUGAAAAAUGAUAAUGAUUGUAUGUUUAGAACACAGAGGUUCCCGAGAUUUCACGUUUGAACCUUUUCGGCGAUCGCGAUAUAUGCGAUGCCAAUUUGUAUUUUCGACAUAAUGCUAAGGUGUUUUCGCAAUAUUCUUCUUGGUAUUGUAUUUAUAUAUAUUUACAUUUGUAUAUAUUAUACUAU